CCUCCAGUUUCCUUCCUUGGUUCUAGUUAGAGCUAGAGCUAACAGGCAAACAAUAGCUGCCAAGGGUAAACCUAUCUUUCUUUACAAUACUGGUACAUCUACCGGUACCAGUAAGCAUGGUGUUGGCUAUUGCUGUUGUGUUGCUUCCAUGGCUGGUACCAGUAGGUACUGUACGGUGUACCGGCGCAGGUUGACGACGGUAUGGUACUCAUAUUGUUUGUGCCCGUCGAGAUGGCAUUUUUUUAAAUUUGGAUCGCAACGUGAUGUAUACAGUCCCCCGGGACAAACCUAUUAUUCUCUAAAUAGAACUUACAGCCCUGAAUACUGGGGUAUCUUCAUCGGUAGCCGAGCUUUCAACCGAUGCAUGCUCACAAUUUGGCUGAACUUCGCAAUCGCCAAAGCUAUCACGGCACAGCCUCAACAGACCUCGAGGGCAGACAGAAGAGUCCGUUGAAAGCCAACUGCCAGAGCGGCGCCUUUCGUCUUGGAAGCAGCAAUGUUCACAGCUACCGCCAACAAAAGGAGCUGAAUUCAAAAUCGUAGAUUACAUGCGGAAGUUGCGACUACAGCAACUACAACAACAGCGGCACCAUGGGUAACACACUCGUAGGAGGUAACGAUGAUCCUGUCACGACCAAGAUCACAGAACGAGGAAAGUCUUACCAGCAACAAGUUGUUUUCGCGGCGUCUGGUAUGAAAGGACUUCGGGCGACCAUGGAAGAUAAGCAUCUCUAUGCCAACGAACUUCGCGUCCAGGGCGCAAAUGAACCAUUAUCAGACCAUUCGCUCUUUGCGGUGUUUGAUGGACAUGGUGGUGACUUUACGUCAGGUUACGCCGCUGAAAACUUUUUGAAUGUUUUGGCAAAACAACCUGCCAUGAAGCAGUACGCACUACUACCCAAAACCGGAGCCGACAGUCGCAGCGACGUGGCGGGAGUGCAACUGAUUCGACAGGCACUAGAUGGUGUCUUUGCACAGCUAGAUAUCCUCUUGAGGGAGGAGCAACAACAAAAGAAUGAUGCAAUCGACAACAGACCUCACACGCAGGAUCCCAAUGACGAGUCCAUGUUUAACGGCAACAAUGCUCAGACGUAUGAACACUCGGGUUCUACCUGCGUCUUGGUGCUCUUAACGCCUUCCCAUAUGAUUGGUUGCAAUGCUGGAGACUCCAGAGCUGUAUUGCGUCGGGCAGGACAUACACUCCCACUCAGCUUUGAUCAUAAGCCAUCCGAAGUAUCUGAGAAGGAUAGAAUCACUGAAGCUGGAGGCUAUGUCAAGGCUCGUCGAGUCGACGGAGAUCUUGCUGUUAGCCGAGCCCUGGGUGACUUUGUGUACAAGGCCAAUGAAGGUUUACCCGCCAACAAGCAAAAAGUUGUCCCUAAUCCAGAUUUCGUCAUUUACCCAAGAAUGCUUGAAGAGGACGAGUUUAUGAUUCUCGCUUGUGACGGUAUCUGGGAUGUUGCUAGCAGCAAACAGUGUUCCGAUUUUGUGCAACAGCUGCUGGUCGAGGGAGAGUCCGAUCUGGGUGUGAUCUGUGAGGAAGCGUUGGACACUUGCCUGGAACGCAAUAGCAAGGACAACAUGACCAUUCUCAUUGUUGGGUUGCCUGGAAUGAAGACAGCCAAUAGCGCUGUCCAGUUCCAAAAUGCACUGGUAGGAAGACGGGCCCACCGCAUGAGACAACAGUUUGCCCAACACUUGGGGAUCGUUUCCCCCUUGCCAGAACUCAAGGGAGAUCCAGUUUCAGCCCCAAUGGCAGCGCCACAUCCUGGAACCAAUGCGAGUCCACAAGGCGACGACGGAUUUUCCUCACAUAUGCAAAACACGAUCGCACCACAGAUGGUAACGGCUUAGGUAGGUUUUCUUGGAAUCGGAAGUGAUCGACAUGAACGAGUUCAUUAGAAGACGUCUUGUUCUAUACUCAGUAACUAAUAAUUUAUUUAAUAGUAUUAUGUAUAUUC